AAAGAAUCACUGAGCUACACAAGAUAAAACUUAAUGUAUAACAUCGACAUUACUAUAAAAACAGAAAAACAGAUGGCUAUUAUAAGUUAUGCAAACGCACACAGAUCCUCUGGAAUAUGUUUCCAUCUGCGACAUGUUGAUUUUUCAAAUACAUCCUUAAGUACAGCAUCAGGGAUCAUGCAAGCUCACAUCAAUGAGAUGCUUGAAUAUCUUGAUUCAAAAAUGGAAAUAGAAGAGUUUACUGUUGGAAAGACACACACUAGGUCGAAAAGUAAUCGGUAUUUUCCGGUCAAUGACGUUGACUCUUGGAAUCUAUCGGGAAUUCGUUCAGCUUGGAAGAGAUUCAGGGAACUGGGAUUUCAUAACCUUAUUGUCGUGUCUGUCGUAGAUGAGAACAGAAUUCCUCUGCUGAAUACAUUAUGGCCAAGCAAUGACACUGAAGAUUUUACCAUUGCACUGAAUCAGAAAUUGAUCCAUUAUUAUAAAAUCACCAAAAAGGACAAAAGACUACGAAAUCAAAACUUUGGAGAAGGAGCAAGAAAAGUUCACUCACAGCAUGGUGUGUUAUUCAUCGCAAUUAAAUACAAAGAGACAACGCGAGAUCAAUCUAACCCGUGGCUUGACCUUCUGUCCUGUUUUGGAUUACUUUUGUCUAUAAUCGUGUUUGGGGUCAUAGAUAUUAUGUGUUACAUGCUGAAGCUGUGUAUCGGAAAACAGAAAAAAUCCCGUAGGAAAAAAGUUAAAAAUCUGUCCUUUUUUUAAUUUUUUAUUUUACCGAAUAACAAAACAAAGCGUGCCAUAAUUUGCUUACAGGUGAAUUAUUUAUGUAAUGAUGGACUAUUUUAAUUAUUCUAUAUAUAUGGUCAUUUUGACACCCCCCCCCCCCAAUCUAUUGCAAGUUAGCAGCAAAAGACCAUUCUCUGCCUCCAUUGACUCUGCAUGUAUGUUUAGUGUUUUAGUUCUAGAGAAGUUUAGUUUUUUGUUCCAUAAAUACUUUAAUUGCUCUGUAAAAAUCAAAUACAUUUUUUGGCAACUUUAUCGUCUAUACUUUCGCUUUGACAUAUAUAUUCCAUUUUUUUUACCAGUGUAAAGUUUAAAUUGAAUCAAUUUAGUGAGCACUAGAUAUUAUAUGUAUCUUAUUUUAAAACGCAAAUCGUGGGUUGUUUUGAAACUUAAACAUGGUUGUUGCAAAUUGUAUUUCAUAUACAAACUGUGUAUUGAAAAUCAGGAGGAAAAUCAAAGAAAAGAUGCUUUAUCUAGGAUGCUUUCAGAAGGCUAGCUAGUAACAAAGUUUGAAAGGACAGAGAUCGAUGUAAAUUCAUAUGACAUGAAAAUCCACGAAGACUAAAAGGACUUCAAGAACGGAAGAUUUUCUUGUUGAAAUGGAGACUAGAUAAUGUAGCAAACUCCUCAGAAAAGUGUCCGAUCUAUGGUUUUAGAAAUAGAUGCUAGCAAUAUCAGCAUUUCUACUGCAUGAAUAUUGAACUUUGAAAUAAAAUAUGUUAUCAACGUUAAAAUUUCUCAAUAACAAUGCCUCAAGAAAAGAGUUUAACUCCUGCAUUCGUUGGCAUGGAUCUCAAGAGAGAGAGAGAGAGAGAGAGAGAGAGAGAAGCAACUUUCUCUUUUAGUUCAAUUA